UCAUUUUGUUUAAAAUUUGGUUUUGAAAACCACAUGAUAAGAUAAUGUCAAUGAGACCAAAUUUUAAAAUAAAUUUACAAAUGAAAUAAUAUGAUUGUUGAUAAUUGAAUUAUUAAUUAACAGUUGAUUAAUGUGUUUAUUUCCUAUUGGUGAGUAGAUAACACAUCAUAUUGUGUAUCCUUGUGUUCUGUGCACGUUGAAAACUCUACCCUGAGUAGGAGGUCCUUUCUUACAAAGCCAUGAUGUUGCCAACUCCCGUUUAGGUUUAAAAGAAGUAGCUGAGUUAGCAGCUUAACCAUAUUAUUUGCUUAACCUUGCCCAAAGAAAAUGGCGGACCCAGUCGACACUGUCUCGGUCAUCCAAACCAUCCAAAAGCUUCAAGGAAAGGUCGCAGUCGUCACUGGUGGAGCCAGUGGCAUCGGUGAAGCAACAGCACGGAAAUUUGCCUUGCAUGGCGCACGUGCCGUGGUUAUCGCCGAUGUCCAGGACGACAAAGGCCAAAACGUAGCCGCAUCGAUCGGUCCUGACCGCUCCACUUACAUCCACUGCGACGUGACCGACGAGGACCAGGUCAAAAUCUUGAUAGAAUCUACUGUCAAGAUCUACGGCCGCCUCGAUGUGAUGUUCAGCAACGCUGGCAUUGGCAGUGCGUCAAAGCAGACCGUGAUGGACUUCGACCUCUCCAACUACGACAAGCUCAUGGCGGUCAACGUCCGCGGGAUGGCGGCGUGUGUGAAGCAUGCGGCGAAGGUCAUGGUGGAGGGGGGCGUCAGAGGGAGCAUCGUGUGCACGGCGAGCGUGGCAGCGAGUGUUGGGGGGGCGUUCUUCACGGACUACACGAUGUCGAAGCAUGCGGUGUUGGGGUUGAUGAGGUCGGCGAGUCUGCAGCUGGGCGCGUACGGGAUACGCGUAAACUGUGUUUCACCGGGACCAGUGGUGACGCCGUUGCUAUGCUCGCUUUUCAAGGUGCAGGCUGAGGAUGCUGCGAAGAUGUUCGAGUCGCACUUUGGGUUGAAAGCUGAGGGGAAGAUGCUGUCGGCGGAGAGUGUGGCGGACGCCGCCCUUUUUUUGGCUUCGGAUGACUCUGAAUUUAUCACUGGCCAUAGUUUGGUUGUAGAUGGUGGAGUUGAGAUAAAAAACUGAAGAUUCAUCUCCAAAAAAUAAAGGGUAAUGCUAAGGAUAUUAAUUAGACCAAAUUUUAUAAGGCAUGUGAUAUGGUUUUUUUUUUUUUUAUUGAAUUAUUAUUUAUAUGUUAA